AUGUGCAGAGAACCAUCACACAAGAUAGCCUUUAAAAUUCAUAUUCUUCUGAAGAAUCUGAUGGCCAUUGUCAGAAAAGCCAGUCUCUGGCAAUUCCUGAGCUCUGAGGAACACAUGUGUGGGACUCACAAGGAGGCAAAUAAGAUCUUCUGUGAAGAGGACAAACACUGUUCCACUGAAGGGGCUGCUGACGAAUACCGGGAGAAAGUCUUAAAGCAAGUAAGGAUUUUAUGGAGAAAGAUUGAACAAUAUCAGGAUAAUCUAAAUAAAGGGAGCAUAAAAAUGCACCAUUUUCUUCUAAGAUUUUGGAGACACACCGACAUG